GUUUCGUAGCCAUUGGUUUAGGGGAUGACUUUGACGAGUAUUUCGGGGAUUUGGACGCCUAUUGUGAGCUAUUAUAGCGUUUGCCAUAUUUAUUGAGGCGUUUAUGGUAUUUACGGACUGUUUUUGUAUGCAUUGAACGGCAGUACAGAGACAACACAUACACAGCGAUAGACAGCACUCACUGAAUGUUACUUUCAUUUAUGGUUUCGUUUAGUCUCUCGUUUUCAAACACCACUUAUUAAAUCACUAUUUAAUCGUCGAUUCAAUCAAUUAAUUAGUCGUUUCUCACUCUCUCGUGUGCUAUCAUAAUGUCCACAACGAGUGUAUCACUGGUUUUGCUGGCGUUUGCGUUGAUCCAUAAUCUUAAUGUAAAUCUCGUUGAUAUCACAGUCGAGACAAAGACCUGGCUGAAGUGUAUGUGUCGUGUAAAUGGCAAAGACUAUUUCCAAUUCAGGGAAAGGGGAGAUCUGUGCACUGCUCAGACGGCUGUCCAACAGUCCCAGACCACCGCCAAUCCUGCAGUCAAUAUUACGCCCUCAGCGGCACCCAUAGUCAGCACCAGCGCCGUCCCCGCCAAUGCACCCAAAAGCGAGCCAAACGCCAGCCCCACGACAACUAUUGCUCCGGUGUCCACUACGGUGACGCCUGUGACACCCCCUCCCAUACCCAAACCGGAGCAGUGGAACGGGAACGUCACGGAAGGCAACAUGACCUGCAUUCAGGCACAGUUCGCCAUACAAGUGGUCGUCAAAUAUAACGAUACAAACGGCAAGGAAUUGGAGGGCGGGUUCGUCAUACCCAAGAACGCCACUGUCAGCGGCAACUGCGUCGGACAGACUGACCCCUUGGAAGUGAUGAUCAUUAAGUUCACGAAUGUGGGCAACACUUCGGCCACUUUGACGCUUAAGUUCAACCAAACUGAGGGCAAUAAAACGUUUUACGUGACGGACGUGGAGUUGUCGUUCAAUUUGACGAGAGAGCUGUUCCCCGACUUUGUUGACACAAAGCUCUACAACACGACUGUGAAGGCUUCAAACCCAAGCGCCGACCUAUUCAGUGUGGCCUCAGCUCACGCGUACACCUGCGCCACUCAGUCCGUACAGCUCGAGACACUGCCCGCGGGGGUCAAAGAGAUUCAAAUCGACUUCACGUCGUCCAAAGUGGCCGCUUUUAUGGACCAUACGAAAGGACAGUGGGAUUCCGGAGGCUUUAGUCACUACACCACGGAUAUCGACAGCCGCGCCGCGACCGCCCUGACCACCAGUAUCACAACUAGCGCAUGA